CCUUGGAAGAAAGAAGAAAAAUGAAGAGGAAUCCAAUAGAGGAAUAUAAAUAACUGCUGGACAGAACACUGACAACUUCAAGCAAGAUGAAGUUCCUUCUGCUGCUCUCACUCGUCGGGUUCUGCUGGGCGCAAUAUGACCCCCACACUCAGUACGGCAGGACGUCCAUCGUCCACCUGUUUGAGUGGCGCUGGGUUGAUAUUGCCAAGGAAUGUGAGCGAUACUUAGGUCCCAAAGGAUUUGGAGGGGUCCAGGUCUCUCCACCUAAUGAAAAUGCUGUGAUUAACAACCCUUCAAGGCCCUGGUGGGAAAGAUACCAACCAAUUAGCUACAAAAUCUGCACAAGGUCUGGAAAUGAAAAUGAAUUCAGAGACAUGGUGACGAGGUGCAACAAUGUUGGUGUCCGCAUUUAUGUGGAUGCCGUCAUCAAUCACAUGUGCGGCUCAGGCAACCCCGCGGGAACAAGCAGCACUUGUGGAAGUUACUACAACCCUAACAACAGGGACUUUCCAGCAGUUCCGUACUCUGGCUGGGAUUUUAACGAUGGCAAAUGCAAUGGAGAAAUUAAUAACUAUAAUGACGCUAAUCAGGUCAGAAAUUGUCGUCUGUCUGGCCUUCUUGAUCUUGCCCUUGACAAAGAUUAUGUUCGCACCACGAUUGCUAACUAUAUGAACAAUCUCAUUGACAUUGGUGUGGCAGGGUUCAGACUUGAUGCUGCUAAGCACAUGUGGCCUGGAGACAUAAAGGCAGUUUUGGAUAAACUGCAUAAUCUAAAUACAAAAUGGUUCUCUCAAGGAAGUAGACCGUUCAUUUUUCAAGAGGUUAUUGAUCUGGGAGGUGAGGCAAUUAAAAGCAGUGAGUACUUUGGAAAUGGCCGUGUGACAGAAUUCAAGUUUGGAGCAAAACUGGGCACAGUUAUCCGCAAGUGGAAUGGAGAGAAGAUGGCGUACUUGAAGAACUGGGGAGAAGACUUAUCCAUAAUUCAUCAGGAUGUUAAUGAUUGGAUUGGACCACCAAAUAACAACGGUGCCAUCAAAGAAGUGACCAUUAAUGCAGAUACCACUUGCGGAAACGGCUGGGUGUGUGAGCAUCGGUGGCGGCAAAUCAGGAACAUGGUUGCCUUCAGAAAUGUAGUUAAUGGCCAGCCUUUUUCAAACUGGUGGGACAACGGCAGCAACCAAGUAGCUUUUGGAAGAGGAAACAAAGGCUUCAUUGUCUUUAACAAUGAUGACUGGUCACUGUCAGCAAAGUUACAGACUGGUCUUCCUGCUGGCACAUACUGUGAUGUCAUUUCAGGAGACAAAAGCAAUGGCAGUUGCACAGGAAUUAAAGUCCAGGUUUCCGGGGAUGGCACAGCGCAGUUUUCCAUUAGUAACUCAGCUGAGGACCCAUUUAUUGCCAUCCAUGCUGAAUCAAAAUUAUAAAGCC